AAAAUAAAUAUAAAUAAAGAAUAGAGAAGAACAUAAUAAUAGUACUUGGUAUGAAGGGAUUUGGCUUCUACUACUUCCAUUACACUUGAAGUAGUUAAAUUUGGAUAAUUUUGGAAGCUAGAGAUAGAUAUGGCUAUGCAACCUGUUUACCUUAGAGAACAUGAAGGUGUUGGACAAUAUUCUUCUGUGAAUUCAGCUCCAUGGUGGAGUAAUGCCUUUGGAUCACAAUCUGUUUAUGGAGGAGAGUCUUGUGGUCAAAUGAAACCAUUUUCAUUGGAACUUUCCAACUACAUAGAUCAACUUGCUCCUACUAAGCACUUGGCAAGAGGUGUUGAACAAUUGUUUGAUAAAGGACAUCAUACAACUAAUCAAUUUACCAUCUUUCCAGAUGACUGUAAGAUGUCUCUUGAUGCACAAACUCAUCAGGCAACCUUAUCACUGCAAUCAUCAUUUUCUGCUGAGCCGCAUAAUCGUUUCGAGCUAGGGUUUAACCAACCUAUGAUAUGUGCUAAAUAUCCAUAUAUGGAUCAGUUUUAUGGGCUGUUCUCGACUUACGGACCUCAAAUUUCGGGACGUAUCAUGCUUCCGCUUAGCAUGACAUCUGAUGAUGGACCGACUUAUGUGAAUGCUAAGCAGUACCAUGGAAUCAUCAGGCGCCGGCAAUCUCGUGCCAAAGCUGUGCUUCAGAAUAAACUGAUAAAGCGAAACAAGCCAUAUAUGCACGAAUCUCGUCAUCUACAUGCAAUGCGGAGGCCAAGAGGAUGCGGUGGUCGCUUCUUGAACACAAAAAUUUCUACUGAUGGAAAUGGAAAAACCGGGAGUGAGAUGAAGAAAAAAACCGGGGGCGGCCUACAACUGCAGUCCAGUGCUUCACAGAGUUCUGAAGUCCUGCAAUCUGAGGUUGGAACUUUGAAUUCGUUGAAAGAGACAAAUGGAGGCAGUCCAAAUGUCUCGGGUUCGGAGGUGACUAGUAUGUAUUCACAGGGAGGUCUUGAUAGCUUUGCUGUCAAUCAUAUCAGAUCUUCUGUCCACUCAUUGGGAGACAUGGUCGAUACUGGACACGGUAUCGUCAUGCCAACAAAAUGGUUUGCAACAGCUGUCACUGGCAGACAGCUGUUGCAACCUUAAAAUUUAAUACGGAAAGGAAACAAGUGGAUUUGAUGCAAUGUGAAAUUUUUUGCACCAAAUCCAUUCUUUCCGAGACUAGAUGAAGAAGCUAUGUCGCAGUUUCUUAUGUUUACUGCGACAAAUCUAGUUCCGGAAGACUACUUCUCCAUCUGGUGCUCAGGCAACUCAUUCUUGGCUUGUGUUUUGGCAACUCAUCCUUGGCUUAUCAUAUCAUAUAUUUAGUAGUAUUUUCUGUCUUUCUGCACAGACUCGCCGCGGCAUUGCUAGACAUGCUAAUGGCUUGGUAUCAUGAUGCAGUUAACUAUGAUGUGUCUGUUUGUGUUACAAUAAGAACAUGCAUUCUAGGUUACAUGUAUGUGUGUGUGUUUAAUCUUUGUCUACUAGUUGUGGUGUUUUGUAAUGGAUUUCUGACUUUAUGGAUCAAUUAAUGUAUUGUACGUUGUAACUCUACUAAGAAAUGUCUAUUUUAUUUCU